AUGACAAUGAAAGUAUUUACAUAUAUUUGGUUCUUCUUAUUGGCCUUUUCCUUUGCAAUUCCUACAACACCUCCAACAUUGCCUCCAACAGGACCUCCAACAUUGCCUCCAACAGGACCUCCAACAUUGCCUCCAACAGUACCUCCCACAACUUCGUCUUCUUCCCAAGCUGAGCCGUCGUCUUAUAUAUCUAAUAGUUACUCUCCACCAUCUUCUUUAUCAUCUUCAGAAUUUUCAUCAACCUUAAGUUCGUCAGAAUUUUAUUCAUCAACCUUAAGUUCGUCAGUAUUUUAUUCAUCAACCUUAAGUUCGUCAGUAUUUUAUUCAUCAAAUUUUAGUUCUUCCACAUUUCAUUCAUCCACUUAUGGAUCAUCGUCACUCACUACAUCUGGAGUUUCUUCUCUGUCCCCUACAUCAACUUCUGUUACAUCUUCAACCAUUUCUACAACUUCAACCACGCCUACAACUUCAACCUUUACAUCCAGUUCUAUAGUUUGUGAACCAACUGAUUCUGUUUACUAUGUUGCAUCAUCUGUAUCUUUUUAUUUGUUUAAUACUUUGGAAUCACGUUUUGCGUUCGGGGGAGGCGAAUUCCAGGAUGCUGGUUAUGUUUUGUUUAAUAUUGAUUUAUUGACAGGGACUUUGUCAUAUAUUCCAGGACCAAGCAUUCCAAUGAGUGAAGUUUAUGGUGAUAUCGAAUUUUUCAAUGAAGAUGCACUGCUUAAUUCCGGUUUUGGUGUUGAAGAAGUCGGUUCAAAUAAAUUAUUAUCUUAUUUGGGACAAACCCUGUUCUAUGAAUGUGGAGAGCUUAUUACCACGGAAGACACUGGGGGUUGUGACACAACGACUCUUCAGUUGAUUGAUUCUGAUUAUCUGUACGUUUAUGAUGGUCCAAAUUUCUGUUCAUCAUCUUCCUUUUCCUCAUCGUCAUUUUCCUCAGAGACGUCUUCCAGCUCAUACCCUAUUUCAUCUUCAAGUUAUGAACCUUUCAGUUCAGUAUAUACCUAUUCUUCUAGUGACCAGUUCAAGUCGAUAUACUUGUCUGGUUCCUCCAGUUCUUUGGCAAGUUCUUCUAGAACUAGCUAUACUAUAUCGACUUCCAGCAAUUACUUGAGUAGUGAAUCUUCACCUUCAGCUUCAUCAUAUUCUACAUUACCAUCAUCUUCAAUAUUUUCAACUGCAUCUUCAUCUGCUAUUUUUUCAUCCUCAUCAUUGACUUAUUCGUCGUACAGUACUGUAAGCUUCACUUCAGAAUCUCAGUACUCGAACUAUAUUUCAUCCACAGUAUCUGUUUCGCCAUUUCAUUAUUAUUCCAACUCCACCACUUCUUCAACUACCGAAUCAACAUCUUCAAGUACAUUGUCGUCUAUAUUGGCUAGUUCAUUAACUUCUACUGGUUCACUGUUGUUAUCCUCUUUAACUAGUACUGGAACUGAAUCUCUGAGUUAUUUCAGAAACUCCGGUGAAUCUUCACUUACUUCUUCAGAAGUAUCAUCCUCGGGUUAUGUUACAGGAUCAAGUAUAUUAAGCAGUAGCUCUACCUCUGCUUCAUUUGCUCCAAGUAUUAUUACUUCAUCCACGUCAGCGUCCGAAUCUGAAUCACCAAUUCAAUCUACCAUAACUUUUCAAAUAACCGCAGUUGCUAACCCUCCAAAUACUUUCAGAGAAUACCUUACUUUGAUCAAUCACCAUAUUGUAUUAGAAGAAACUAAUGGUCCAUUAUUCGAGUUUGUUCUUCCAGGAGGUUAUAUUACAAUUGCUGGUUUAUUCCUUGCUGGUAACCAAACUAAUGGUCUCUAUUUAAGUGAUACUUCAUUUGGUGGAUGGCUGCUUGUAGGAGAUCCUAUCUUGUCACUAGAAGGAUUCGGAACCGAAUUCUACAUAUGUCCAAAUGAAGCAGUACCUAUUCAACUUAGUCUGAUUGCUUCGGAUUGUAUUCUUGGUGUGUUACAAGUAUUAGAAGCUGUGCCAGUGUCUGCAUCAAGCACUACUGGUGGAUAUUUGACAACUUCUGCUUCUACUACUGGUGAAAUAGUCAGUUCAACUAGUGAAUUUACUGCUUCCACUGGUUCUGGUUCUACUAUAACUACCACUUACAUCUCCAACGAAGUAGUCACAAUCACUCAAUGUCCAACUACUGUCACCAAUUGUUCAUUGAAUUCAAUUAAGACAGUAACUAUUCCUCAUACUAUCAUUACUACCUAUUGCCCAGAAUCAGGCACUCAACUAACUUACACUUCGACCUAUACUUCACCUGUGACAGAGGUUGAAGGCACGGUAACUAAAGAGGAAAUACGUACUUUCACGACUACUUACUGCCCUGAAUCCGCUCAACCUAUAGUUUCUACAAUUACAGGUUUAGAGAUUCAAGUUACCGGAGGAUCAACAAUUACAGUGACACAUGAGAUCACUCAAACUAUUGGAAGCAUAAUUCCUACAUCUUAUAUCUCUUACGAAGAAGUAGAGGUAACAGUAGGAACUGGGGCUUCCAGCUCAGUAGCUACAGUUACUAUUCCUAAUGUCAUUUCUACAAUUUUUGUUGAAAUAUUCAGUACUACAUCUUCUUCAACUGCAGAAAUUUCAUCACCUAAUGUUAUUUCUACAGUUGUUGUUGAAAUAGUCAGUACUACAUCUUCUUCAACUGCAGAAAUUUCAUCUGUUCCUACCGUUACAUCUUUCAAUUAUGGUCAAAAACUCGUUAUCUCGUUUAGUUCUUUAAUAAUUUGCUUCCUUAUGGCAAUUGUUUAG